CGGUUUUUUAUUGCUGUGUAUCGCGAAGUUGUAAUUCUAUACAGCUGGUCGUUUAAAAUAGCUUAAAUUUUAUGUCUAAAAACGAUAUUUAAAUAGUGACACCACUCCGCUGAUGCGUCAUUUAAAUAAUUAUGGGUAAAAACAAGGCUCAACGAACCAAGAACAAUGCGAAGCCAUCGAACAGCAGUCGGAGUGCCGAAUUACUCGGUACUUCAAUGCCGAAUUUUGUUGGCUUUUCAGCCGUUAAGGACGGAGGUUAUAUUCCUGUUCUACCAGGCUUCUCUUUAUGUACAUUGAACGACAUUGAAAUUAACGCAAUUGAAACCAAUUUUCAAUUGGUCUUGAAAAAGAUGAACAAGAAAGAUGCUACAACCAAAUUUAAGGCACUUCAAGAAUUUGCUGAACUUUGUAGAGAUGCGGCACUUCCUUCUGUGGAGGCAGUGUUACCAUUUUGGCCUCGAUUAUACGCCCUAUUGUGCAUAGACGAACAGCACAGAGUUCGUGAAGCUGUUCAAGUAGCUCAUGCUGCAUUGGCCAAGAGAGUAGGUAGAAAUAUAGCUGUUUACCUUAAGCAACUCGCAGGUCCCUGGUUCACUUCACAAUUCGACACUUAUCCACCUGCUGCAUCCGCUGCUACAAAUUCUUUCCAGGAAACCUUUCCACAAAGAAAAAUAGUUGAUGCAAUUGUCCAUUGUCAGGAAGAAAUAUUGUCUUACAUCAGUGACACUAUCAGAGUGCAAACGCCACAGUCAAUGAGUACGCACAAGACUUUGACCGUUGAAGAAUUGGAAACGAAAUAUCAGAGAGUUUUGAUAGCAAGCUUGCAAGCAUAUUCCGCAUAUUUGAAGAAAGUUCCGUCUGUUCAAAUAGAAAAAACUGAAAACUCUCAUCAACAAAUAAUCAGUAGCGCUAAAUUUUGGAAGCUUCCGAAGCACGAUUCCUUACUGGUGAAAACGUCUUUUUUUAAUGCUUUGGCAUCAUUGAUAGAAAAUGCGACGAAAUUGAUAAUGGAAGAGAAGAAAAGAGCUAUUACCGCGAUUAUGAACAGUCUGGAUGAAACUGAUCCAAAUUUAUUGUCAUCCGUGUGGGAAUCUAUGCUUGUUGCCAUCACCAAAAUCGAUGAUUGGCAUCUCUCGGUGAGCAUCGGAAAACUGGUUUUGCCUAAAUUGUGGCGUGUUUUGAAAAGCGGUGGACAAUGUUGUGCGAGUGUCGUUUAUCCGAACCUUUUGCCAUUUGUCAGUCAAUUUCCAAAAUUUGACGUAGACCAGAAAACUCUUUUCAUAAAUUUUUUUACCUACAUGCGCGAAGGAUUUACAGCUAAAAGCGUGCUGCUCAGUCGUUCGGAAAUGUUCGCUGUCACAAAAUCAUUCACCGAGUGCUUGCGAUACGUCAUAUUGUUACACAAAAAUGAUGAGGAACUGUGUGAGGAAUUACUCAAAAAUCAGCUCAUGCCGGUAAUCGAAUUAUCAAUAACGGAAACUGGACCGUUAAAAACGGUGCUUUUCUGCGAAGUGACGCAAUUGGUUCGUUAUUGGAGUAAAAAUCGUAACAACGCAGAAUAUCCAAUGUACGGAAAAAUCGUGGAAAAAUUCUGGCGCGAAUUAGAAACGACGUUCGUCAAUAUUUUGAAGCGAAUGGACGAAGAGUACGACAAAAGUUUGAACAUAAAUGACACGCAAAUUGAACUUUUGUGCAGUUUGAAAAAUGCUCCGACACACAGUCGCAAAAAUUUACGUGUCAAAUUUUCUGAUCCCAACGAGCCACAGGAAGAAAGAUCGCAAAUUAAACCAAACGAGUCCGAGGAAGAUUUGAUUUUCCUCGCGGAGCUCGAUCGCUUUGUCAACAACCUUUGCGUCGCUUAUCUCAACAAAAAUACUCAUCAAUCGUCCUAUAAAAAUGUCGAGUUUCUCAAUCAUCUCGUCACGAGUUUCGAAAGCGAACAACUCUUCAUCGGAAUCGCUAAAGCUUACAGAGACGACGCUGAUUUGUUUCAAUUUUAUGACAAAGUCUUGAAAAAUUGGCUACUGGACAGACCUGAAGCUAGAAGAGCGUCCGUUCAAUUGGUGUUUAGUUCGUUGAAGUAUAUGGAUGAUACGAGUAAAAUUUUGGUUCUCAAAUCUUUAACAGAGCUGGACGAUUCGACGAUAUUGCGAAGCGCCGUGACCUGCGCUUUGUCAGAAAAAAAUCGAAACGAUCCAAUAAUCAGAAAAUGGUGUCGCGAGUCUCCGAUUACCGAGCAGUUGUUAGCUAUUACGAAAAAUGUUACCAGUAACGAAAAUGUCAUUGAGGAACUAAACGACGACGAAGAUAUCCUCAUUUUGGCUUUCGAAACUUCAUCUGAUGGCGAACCCUGUGUAAGUCAAGAGGCAAUUUCGAGGAUUUCCAAUAUUCUCUGUGAUUACUUGACCCAAGAAAAAUUGUCGGAUUUGGCAAACGUCGCUGAAUUAAUAUCUCGGCUACUCCAACUAACUUGGAAUCACAAAUAUCCAACCGGGAGCUCGAUAAAAAUGUUGAGAUCGCUUUUCGAACUGAGUCUUCGUGAUCCCCUCAAUACUAGCGAAGUUCCCGCCAUUGAUAUGAUUAGAAACUCUUGGAAAUCUGGUGUCGCAAUGUGCAAUGAAAAAUUGAAACGUGAAGAGGUCGCACAACUUCACGAGGAGUGCAUGGAUCUUAUUCACGAAAAGAUUUAUAGCUCCCAUGAUUCUCAAAUUGAAGACGUCAUAGUUGACUAUACGAUCGAUUUCAUUGAAGCAGCGAGUCAUUUCGACGCAGGUGGUUCUUUACGAUCCGCAAUAGAAUUCAAUACUCGGGACAAAAUUUUUACUGAGGAAUGGAUACCGCAAUCAUUGGGACUUGCGAUCUAUGGUGAAAUACUCAGUGGCAAUUUCUAUCUCUCAAACCCACUACGAAGUGUAGUACCGCACGACAGUCCCAUCAAGUUUGUCACCUUGAAAGAGGAAUUCCUUCCCGAUCAAACGGAAAACUGUAUUAAAUGGGCCUCAUUUAAUUCAAAGCUGCUGAACAAAUUGAUUCGGAAAUUGGAUUACGAGGACAUGAACGACGAAGUUGAUUCCGGAGUUAUUGAUUGUUUGACCGAACUUCCUUACAUGCUGAAUUACAUAUUGCUCAUCGCGAGUCUUGGCCACGUUUACAGUCAUCACUUUAAAUCCUCGAAAAAUUAUGAGAGAAUUGAAACAACGCUCAACAAUCUGGUCGUCGAAUGUGUUGAUCUACGAGUAUCAGUCCCAAAGAAUAUCUGGAAUAGAAUCUUGACAGAUUCGUUAAAUGUGGACGAUUCUUGGAUCGAGUAUGGUAGUUUAUUUUCACAAUUUCUUCGCUUAUUUUACGGGUCGGAUGAGCAUCUAUUGGAAGUCGAACAACUGGGUCCCCAAACGUUGACUUCUUACGUCGAAUCGCAAGACGUUCCGGAACUGGCUCGUGAUCUAAAAGCGAUUGUGAUGGCGCGGUGCAUUCUUGAUAACCAGAGCAAUGUUACCAAUUGCCUGAAAGUUCUUGAAAAGAUGGUCAAAAGACACCAAUCCAAAACUAUACUUUUGCUCUUGAAUACAGAUGUUAGCAGAGUAGAAUGGUCCGAUCUCGUUUUACCGCUCGAAAUUAUUCGACUCUUUGGAAAGUUUGUAAAAAUCGCACCAACCAAACUGAGCUCAGGAUUGUGGGACGCUGCUAUAAUAUUUCUCGCUUCCUGGCAAAAUUCCGUCAACGAAUCUAAAUUCAAACAUGAAGAUUCGAGGGUAAGAGCUCUGACUGUCGCUGUAAGCGAACUGUAUUACGAAAUUCAAAGUUUAUUUGAACAACACGAACGAGAAAGUAUCGAUGGUUUACCAUCAGCACUGCUCGACGAGUGGAAAAAUGUGUUUGCUGACGAAGUGCAUCACGGAAUGGCCAGCACGUGGAUAUUUUUCGUAGGCUUAUACAACAAAAAGAGCGAUUUCUUGAUGCCGGGAAUUGUGCUCGACUAUUUGGGCAAAGCCAUGAGCGUGAUUGACGGAAAGACAUUUUUCAAAAAUCAUCCAGCUGAUCAAUCUUCAAAAAUAACAUCCAAAGAAAUAACCAAAUUAUCUCUCAAAUUGCUACCAUCUCCCGUACUUAGUUUGCAACUGGCUGGCUAUCACGUUCUAAGUCGAGUCAUACCUUCCUUGGUUGAACAGGAUAAACUUUUGCUCGAGAAUGAGAACUGGGAAACAAAGGAUUUGAACAUCAGAAAAUUCGAGGAUGUUCUUUUGAGCACACAGAAAAUUGUAAACACCAUGCUCAUGGGAUUUAAGUUGUGUGACACGACGAGCUGCACGAUUCAACCGCACACGGACUCUUACACAUACACCAUCGGCUAUCUCCUCGCUUGGGCAAAUGUGUUGGACAUGUGUGCCCAUGCCCACGCUGACGUUCGGUACCAAUACGCAGAAUUUUUGAAAGAUAACUAUUUUCCCUAUUUGUUGAAUAACAUCUUCAGGUUAAUGCCCGUCGAGAUUCUUCAGGACAGUAAAACAAAGUCCUCGAAAUUUACAGAGAUAUUCAGCACUCUGCCGUCUUUCGAGUUUCGUGAGAGCUGGACCGAGUGGAGAUUGGAUCAUAUCGUUUGCUGGCUGUUCACGAACAGCUUGAGACAUUUACCGGUACUCGUGAGACAAUGGUGGGGAACGGCUGACAGCAGAAUCAGCGCAGCUGUUGAAAAAAUAACAACACUUUACGUUAGCCCUAUGCUCUGUAAAGAGGAACUUCUCAAUAAUCGUCUGGUCGAUAUUCAAAACAUGCAGAUAAAAGUACUGCCAAGCGCUCGAGAAGUUGUUGCUCUGUAUCAAAUGGAUGACACGAAACUCGAGCUGAGUAUGGUUCUGCCGGUCAAUCAUCCCCUGGGUCCGGUCACGGUCGAGCCUGGUCAGCACGCCGGCGGAGCCGCGAAUUGGAGAAAUUGUCACAUGCAGCUAUCUAUUUUCCUAACUCAUCAGAACGGAUCGAUAUGGGACGGCUUACUGAUGUGGAAGAAAAAUUUGGACAAAAAGUUUUCGGGCGUCGAGGAGUGCUUCAUAUGUUACAGCAUUUUCCAUAUCAAUACAUAUCAGAUACCAAAACUCUCGUGUCACACGUGUCGGAAAAAGUUCCAUGCCCCCUGUCUGUACAAGUGGUUUACGACGAGCCAGAAGUCGACGUGUCCAAUAUGUAGAAAUAUAUUUUAACUUUGAUCGGUAAAAAAACAAAAAAAAUCCUUUUUCUAGCGCCGAGUUGGAAGCGUAGGGUCAAAAGUGUACAAUGGUAGUGCGGUUAUGUGAUUUGAUGCAAAAGGAGAAAGAGAAAAAAUAGAUUAAGUAGUGUCCGGAUCCCACUCCUUUUGUCUUUUUUGUCCUUUGGUGGAAAGUCACGUACGCAAUGAUGAACAUGAUCCCUUGCAUGUACCACGCGCCGUUCCUCUUUUUCUUUGUUACGGAGAGUAACGCAUGUGAAGAUCAUGAAAAGCAUAAUCCAAAAUAAAAGUGAAUGGUUUCGGUGUAUCGUCUGUGGACGCGAGGAGUUGCACGUACGUACGAUCUAUGCUCACAGAAGAAGACUGUACCGUUGAAGUUCAGUGCUGUACCGUUGAAGGCUCCGUCUCGAUGUGUGAACGACGCUUCGGUACAUCGUUAAUAACAAUAAUCAACAGAAUGAAAAAUAUUUCUGAAUUAUUGCCAUCUUGAAGACGUAACGAAAAAUACAUAUGUAUAUUUUUUAA